CACAAACACACCACCAAACAAACACCAAACGCGAGUGGUUUUGCAGUGCCACAAAGUGCCGUUGGUCUCACGCCAAGCAACCAACAACACAUGGGAGGAGGUGGUGGUGGCCUUGGCUGCUCGUGGCUGCAGCUGGCAUGCUGCUUGGUGGUUGCUGUGACGGCGUUGCUCUUGACACACCUACCAACCAGCGCAGGUGCACCUUGUAACGCAACGGCCUGCGUUGGCCAAGGGCUGGAGUGUCUUGCAAGGCGCAUCAACGCGACAGCCACCACGUGUGCGUGUGUUCCCCCACAAACGCAAGCCGCGUCCAUUUCACUCGAGUGUACGGCCGCGUCUUCUUGUGCAGCUGGCGGGAACAUAUUUUGUACGGCGCUCAACCAGACGUGCAUCGACGCCACUGCCAACAGCGCAAGCAGCUCCUUCACGUGUCGCGCGGAUUCACCAUCAUCAAGUGGAGUGGCGACAUGGGUCAUCAUCUGGGCAGUCGCGUGCUCCGCCGUGUUCUGUAUCACCGUGGCACUCUACAUCUCCUUCUGCUACACGCGCAUCAAGCGACGUGCUCGCAUGACACGCCAGCAGCACAACAAUGUCCCAGCUCUGCCUGGUCCCAUCGUCACCCACGACGAUCAGCUACCCGCCGCGGGCCCCACGAGCGGGCGGCCGCAGUUGACGCGCGCAUUUGCAUUCAACAUGACGUCCACAUCCACCACCUUUGUGCAGCCGUUCACAGCACCAACACCACCCAUGCGCCGUGCACGUGGCACUGCCGGUGGCCUGGACGCGGCCUCGCUCGACAUACAGUGGAGCGACGAGGACCGAUACGGGUUUGACGAGAGCGGGUCUGAGGGCGGUGAUGUGGAGACAGACAGUCUGAUUGUGGACCUGAAGAUGUUCAAUGAGAAGCAGCGGCCGUCAAAUCCCAUGCGCGGGCAGCUGGAGCAGACCCGGUGGUCCGAUGACGACAGCAGCGACGAGGGCGGAGGGCUGUGGGGGUGGGGGUGGACGCAAUCGCACCUCGCACCCAUGAUGGUUGCAUCUGUCAAGCAGGACACGCAAAAGCGACAGCAGCACGCUGGUGGGGCUGGGGAACACAGGCGCAGCCGUGGCAGUGCACGUAUCGCUGGUGGCCAUCAUGAUGGCCUUCCUGAUGCUGGUGACAGUGACAGCGAUGAUGCAAUGUUGACGUUGGACGGUGUGGGUGGUGUGGGUGGUGUGGGUGGUGUGCUACCCCUGAACACGACGAGCAUGACUGCCAUGACAACGCUCAGUCGCAGUGCGAGUAGCAACAGCGGCAAUGCAGAUGCAAAUGGGGUGCGUGAAGGAGAUGGUGGUGUUCGUGUGAACGGUGGAGAGGAGGGUGAUGGCGAGGAUGGUGCUGGACACUUGGAGAGCGGAAACACGUGGACAAGCAGCCGCAUAUCUGUAUUGCCCUCGUUCGACACAGGACUACCGGGUGGAGUUGCAAUGCGCGGGCAAAGCCAGGCUGGCGAUGGCGACGGCGCUGUGGUUGACGCGUGUGACAGUGAUGUGGCGGUAUUGACACGACCAGCCGUGCGCCGAACACACGUGCAGUCGAAGACACAACAACAACAACAACAACAACAACAACAACAACAACAACAACAACAACAACAACAACAACAACAACAACAACAACGGCCGUGGGAGGGGUCUGAAGCGAGCUUCAGUGGAUGGGAGAGCAGUGGCAAAUGCAGUUCGCUUGAUGGCGUUCGUCUGUUUAGUGAUGAUGAUGGCGCUGAUGGCGCUGAUGCUGAUGAUGAAGGCGAUGGUGACUGGGACGAUGAACUGCGACGAACAGCGGCCAUCCACCAGCUGCGGAUGGUGAUGGCGCGAACGGCCCAGCUCUCGCGCGUAUCCCAACGCACACACGUACGCACACACGCACACGUGGUGCCGGCAGCUGCACCCAUGAGGCAGCCGCAAGGGCGGCACACGACAGCAAGAAGUGGUGGUGUUGGUGGUCAGGGCGUGGACAUGACAACAACAGCAACGCCAACAGCAACGCCAACAGCAACAGCAACACAGCGCACGAUGGUGGUGGCAGGAAAUGGGGGAGGAAGAAUAGGAGCAGGGGUAAGGCCGCAACAGCAGCAGCAGCGGCACUUGGCAUACACCACUGCCAAUCACGCGAGUGCCGGUGGUGAGAGGAUGAUUCAGCCGCGUCGCAUUGUGCCAAUGGUUGUGUCCUCCAAUCCAGACAAGCCAGUCUCCUACCUCUGAUGCUGUAAAUGUAAUUAUUGCUUCAUGUGUCUGCAGGGGGGGGGGGGGGCUUGAUGAGAAAUUGUGAUUGUGUUGCUGACGGCUGUGCUCGUUCCUGAUGGUAUGUUAUGCCUCCACUGCUCCCCUUUUUCGUUCAUUUGAACCAUCCAUGUGUCCCAUGAUGGUCGUGCGUAUGUUUGUGGUUGUGUUUGAGACUGAUGGAUGCAUGGAUGGGCCAGUUGAACUGGCGAGCGAGGUUGCUGUGCAACACCUGCUACGUCUGUUGGACAUUGUUUGUAUCUGUACAUUGCUUGUGGACAUUGUUUGCAUCUGUAUAUUGCUUGUAUUUAACAUUCACCUCUUCGCGUUCGCGUCCCACCGUGUAUUGGGCGCAAAGAGACCAUAAACGCACGUCGC